AUGGGCCCCACGGACUUUGAACUUCAAUCCGUACGGACUGUCACCAACAAUGAUCUCGACGACGACCCUCCGCGACCUCUACAACCAGCAGGUCUAGCUAAGGAUCCGCAGGUUCUCCGAUAUCGAACCCGUUCGAUAUGGAUCUUCAUAUUCUACAUUUUGAUACUUCUAGUACCUUGGUUCCUGACCUGUGCUUCCAUGAUCAGACCAAUAGACAGGUAUUCGUACAUUGAUCAGUCAGGAUCAGUCACACCAAUGGAAGCAGAAGGAUGGAGUAGGAUGUGCGUUGCCCUUAGUACGCUCACCUCAAUUGCUGGUGUUACUGGCCUUCCCAUUGUUUCUUGCCUGCUUGCCCAUGGAGCGGUUCUUUACACUCAGAGACGCAGCGCAGGCCAGAAACUCAGUGUUUUGCAACUAUUCAUGCUGGCAGAUAGGCAAUGGCUCGACCCCGCGUUUCUUCUGAAACGCGAAGAUAAUUCCAAGCGCCAGAGGGCACCGAUCUAUCUUUGGCUGGCGGCUGGUCUCAUAUUGAUAACCGCUGUUCAACCACCCAUUCAAGCUAUACUUGUUCAGGACGAGAAAAUCAACGUUGUGACAUGCAAAGGACACCCUAGUAUGCAUCGCAAUUCUGACGUGAAGGCUUGCCAGCUCCCCUUUGGUGAUAACAAUACCCAAGUUGUUGCUUAUGAUUCGGAGCCUAUCAAACUCAACUUCUCGCCGCAGAACUUGGUUGUCAAGAGAACGAGCCAGAAGCUCAUCAGCGCCACAGGGCAUGAUAUUCAACCCUACUUGUGGUCUGAUAGUGCUUCUUCCUCACGGCAAAACUAUCACAUGGAUACGAGUCGAACCCUUAGCUGGUACUACGAAAAGUCAGCUGAUGACGCUGAAGCGAAACGCCUCUACUUUGCCUCCCCAGUCGCAAAUGGAACCUCAACGGGGGUUUACCGUCAUCACGCGGCCAGAAUGGACUCGACAGCCAAGUGCUUCCAGGAGGAGAGCUUCCCGAAACAGUGUGAAGGGAAGAAGCCGUUCAAAACCUCUCUUUCUGCUGACUGGUUGAAUAUCGAUAUCUGUGUCGAAGGAAGCUUUGAUACCGUUCCUUGGACCACAAGUAGAGAUAAACAGGAGCAUUCUGAGAGGAUGUGGCUGUCUCUGCGGUGGGAUGUUCCGAAGGAUGAUGAGUACUACCCAUUCGCCAAAGAUGAGAACUGGGUGCUGAGGUGCGAAAGCGUAUCAAGAAGAGGUUGGUUCGAGUUACCGAAUAGCGUCAACCCCAUGCCGGGACCCCUUUUGGACGAAUGGCCUUCACUACGAAAGCUCGAAUUAGAGUAUAACGACUACUAUCCGGAGGGCGCAUUCCGAGAGGCCAGGUACCCGGCCGUAGAAGUCUCAGAUGGAAACUUGAAGAACCAUCGCAGCUUGGCUUCAGAUUUUGUGGCCGAUCCCUUCAACACAGAAACCUUCCGGACCCCCGGCCCUCUCAUGACAACCGUCUUGGCGAUGUUCGGAAAUACAUCAUUCUUCUAUGCCGCCAAUAUAUCUGACAACGACUCAUCGAAUCAGACUAUCAAUAGCAUCUGCGAGCAGGCUUCUUUACCAUUGACAGGACUUGGGCUCCAAAAAUACCAACAUCGGUGGUGCAACAGGGCGAGCUUGGGAAGCUACGAGACCACGCCUAGUAUUGAGGCCUUUAUGGCCUCCUAUUUUGAAGGUUUCAGAGACAGUGCCCAAACUGAGAGGAUGCUGGAAAUAAGCAUGUUCUUUGCGAACGAAGCCCUACUCACAACCGCGGCAAGCGAGUGGGACGCUCGGCGCAUCUACUUCAAUCCGGGGACAACCAUCACUAAACCCAAGAAGGACAUGGCAGCUAUAAUAUGUGUCUCGGUACUGAUUGGGUUGCAAGCCAUUGGUCUCUGUGUCCUGAUGUGGUACAUUCUGCAUGCUCCUACAUGGACCGGCACUCUCGACGCAGACGCCCUUGCGCAGAUGGGGGGCCAACUCAAGGAAUGGGGAGAGCUAAGGCCAGAUCUCACACAAAUUUCUGGUGUUGUUGGAGUAGAUUCAACUCGACACAAUGCGGAUGCAUCAUCUGUCAGACUGUCGACAGCGCAUGAUACUUCUAGACACUCAAGGCACAUUCAUCUAAGCCUUGGUGGUGAAGGUUUGAUAACGAGGAGUGCCAUGAAGAGAAUGGGCACAGACUCGACCGUGGUAUACAUUUAG